AUGGUUGAUUUCUGCUGCAACAGUUUGUGGGUGAUCAUUACGUUCGAAUGGAAGCGAACAACUUACAGUACAUUAGAUGGCAUCAAGCUGAGCUUUUCGCCGAAUCGUCAAUCGUAUCAGGGACUUGUGGAUCACAUCAACCAACAGCUCCAAAUCGACGCACCCAUGGCGGGUGUCGGUCGUAGGAUGAUUUUGCCAUCGUCGUUCACAGGCGGUCCCCGUUUCAUGAAACAGUGUUAUCAUGACGCGAUGGGCAUUGUGUGUAAGUGUGGAAAGCCUAAUCUUUUUAUUACGUUUACGUGUAAUCCUACCUGGACGGAGAUCACACAGAACCUACCGAGAUGGGCCACGGAAAGCGACAGACCGGACCUGGUGUCCAGAGUGUUCAACUCGAAACUCAAGCAGCUGAUGCGUGACAUAACGGUGAACAAUAUAUUUGGUAAUGUCGAUGCAUAUGUUUAUACUGUCGAGCUUAAGAAACGAGGACUACCGCACGCCCACAUACUGAUCAUUCUGAGUGAGGGUAGCAAGUUGCUAACCGCUGACGAUGUUGACAAUGUAGUGUGCGCCUUUUUACCAGACCCGGUGAUUGAUCCGCGUCUAUUCGAUUGUGUGACGAGACACAUGAUCCACGGGCCGUGUGGCACGCUAAACCCAAACAGCCCAUGUAUGGUGGACAACAGUUGUUCAAAAAAGUUUUCAAAAUAA